GCUCCCUCUCAUCCACGAGAAGGAAAUAUUCCACCAUGGAAUCUGACUACUUCCCAUCCGACAUCGUGGUCGACAUCCUGUCUCGGCUACCGGUGGAAACCCUAUUCCGUUUCAAGUCCGUUUCCACGAAUUGGGACGCCAUGAUCACCCCAACAAAUCAUUAUCUCGUCUCCAUGCACCUCAAGAACUACACCAACAACCCCGCAACCAAGGCCUCCCUGCUCGCCACCUACCUUGACGACUACGACUACGAGUCAUAUCCUUUCCCGUCCGCUCAGAAUCCUUUCCGGUCGAUAUCACUCUGUCCAGACGAUGACGAUCGACCACCAAUCCACGUGGGCCAAAGCUUGCUCGAGAGAAUCGUAUGCGGCACAGGCAACGGUCUGUUCCUCCUCGACACGUCGUACCAUCAUCAUUACAGCCUGUGGAACCCAGCAACUCGAGAAAUCAGACCUCUUCCCGACCCACCUUUCGCGUCCGAGUUCGCCUCCCGCCCACAAACACACCAGAAGCAUUCCUCGGACUACUGUGGCGUCGGGGUGGAUUUAGUUGCUAAUGAUAUCAAGGUCGUUCUGAUUCGCAACAACGCUUGUUGUGCUUGUGAUGCUCUCGGCUACCGGAUCCCUUCGUCGUCGAGGUUCCCCUUGCCGGUUUUCGUUUACACGUCACGGAGUAAUUGCUGGAGCGAGGUAGCAGGAGGUUACCACCCGUACGAGGAUGGGGUACUGCUAGAAUCAGAAGAAGAUGACCUGUUCAGUUGUCAUACUUACUCUGAUGGUUUCUUCUACUGGCUUUUUAAGGAUUAUUAUGGCAAUGUUGAGGGCCAAGUUGUGGCGUUCGAUAUGGGAAACAAUCUGUUCCAUAAGAUAAACUGUCCUGUCGAUGAUCCUCAGCCGUGUCACAUCGGCUUAUUUCGUGGUUCGGUUGCUCUGUUUGACGGGCAGUUGGACUAUAGUAGGUGUGACAUAUGGUUGCUGAGCCGCAACAACAAUACUGGUGGGCAGUCGAGUUGGAUUAAACAUUUAACCCUUGGUGUUUUCCCGGAAGAGUUGAUUGUGUACGGAUGUUGGAAGGAUGAUCAAUUUAUCGCUCAAACACGUUGGAACGAUCAACUGUUAUUGUACUAUACCGGUAGCAAACAAAUUAAAGUUUUGGCAUCCAAAUCAUGGAGUGCAACUAGGUUAAAUAUUUAUAAGCAGAGUUUGCUCUCAACAUUACCGGUGUCUCUUACGAAUGGAAAGGGUCUUCAAGAGGAGUGAGUUGUAGAUCAAGGAUGAUGUGGCAACUUUUUUCGCAUAGCCUCAGCCAAGCUCCCCUCUGUUUCCUCAAUCUCUCUUACUUUAAAGAUGUCCAUCGUCACUAUUUAAGAAUGUUUUGGUUGCGAAUCGCUAAUUGGUUUAUAGUGUGAUAAAAAUUUCACAAUGAAGACAGGCCAAUAUAAUAUAGGAGUUUGACUUCACUGGGUAUGUUCUUUAUUUGAAUUCUCAAGUGGGUGUUGUACGUUGUCAAACUGGUUUAUAUAGUUAUAUGUCGGUUUGGUAAGUGGAAUGGUAUGAUCGGUGAUAUAAUUAGUGUGCGCUGGUUCAUACCGGUUUAACAAAAUAUGUAAAAACAUGAAAAUCAUUAACAUUUAAUGUAUUUAAUCAUAUAUAAAACAUUAUGGAUAAUUUAUAAACAAUCCAAUAGAAUCAACUUUUACCUUUUAAAAUUACAAAUUAAAUAAUAAAUUGAAUUCACUAAAACAACGUUAUUUUACUUAAAAUUCGUAAGUCGAUCAUACGGUCAAUCGAUGGUGUCAUGUCGGUUUUAUGACCAGUACAGGUUGAACCAGGUUCGAUCGGCCGGCAUGCACCGGCAUGAUGACGACCACUACUUUGAGACCGAUCUCUUUUAUUUCUUUUUCCAUUUCAUAUUCUAGAACAAAUACACAAUCUUUGAUCUUAAUCAUAAUUUAGGCUGAACGGGAAUGUAAUAUAACAAACUGAACCGAAGAAAAUAUAACGAAUCUCAAACGGAAUCUAGAUGAAAUAAGAAUGAAGCGAACGAAUGUGAUCCAGGGGCAGAGCCAGAGCAGGCCAAGGUGGGUCGGCUGCACCACCUUGGCUUUGCAACACACAGACAAGUUAUAGGUUUUCCAAUUUUUCAUAUUUUAUUCUGUGUUCAUACUCUGUUCUUGGUCCAAGCUUGCAUAAGCUGCUGCUUUGAUCGAAACAUAUAAAGGGAACCUUGUUUAUGUGUUUAAUGUAUUCGUAAACAAAAAAGUUUAUGUGUUUAAUGAAAACGUAUGCGUUUUAAAAUUAGUUGUAGGCAUGGUCCAGAAAACCAGAUCGUACCGGCCGGUUCAACCGAAAACUGGACAGAAAACGAAAUGACAUGCAAUCUAUGGAAGAAAAAGCGUCUCGAUAGAUUUUUUCGGUAUAAAAGGUUCAAUCCGGAAUUUCGUCCGAUAUUGAACAAACCGGCGGUUCUAUGGUAACAAGUCAAAAGAUGUCGUUUCAGAUUUUAACCAAACGAAAAUGGGGGAAAACUAAAUCAGGAGAGGAGCAAAACCCUAAUCCAUUCAAUUCAAUCUCAAUUCUCGACCUGCCUCCUCUGACCUCUCCACUCCAUCGUUCAACUCGCGCCACACCUCUUCAUGUGAGAUCGAGGCCCCCAUCAUUCUCCACUCCAUCGUCCAGCUCGAGCAGAGUUAUCCAGGCUCCCUCUCUUCUCCCGAGUCCCGGCCGAGGUCGCCGAUCUUCACCCGCCCACCGUCGUUUAAGAAGAGGAAGAAAAAGAAAGAGACCGAUGAUGAGAUCGGGGAGAAGAAGAGAGAUAAAGGAAAAUAAUCAGA